AUGGUAUACUGUGUAUUUGUUGCUUGCUUAGGAUCAUUUAGUAAUGGCUGGGUUAUUGGAUCACCUAAUGUACCCGGUGAGAUUACUCAUAACUGCCCCAAUGGUAAUGCUCAUAUCUUUAAUAAAGCCUUUCCUGAUUGUAUACCUAUGGAUAAUGCACUUUGGGGAUUUGCUGUCGCUUCUUUUUGCGUCGGUGGACUCAUAGGAGGUUUAACGGCUGGUAGUAUUCAGACUAGGAUUGGACGUAAAAAGGCCAUUAUUGUUAAUAAUCUUGGAUAUAUUAUUGGUGGCAUUUUGAUUGGCACGGCUGUUCAUCAAUCUAUGUUUAUCUUGGGUCGCAUUUUAUGUGGUAUUGGUUGUGGUAUGGGCUCCUUAUCUAUUCCUACCUACAUUGGUGAAGUAUCGACGAUUAAGGCUCGUGGUGCUAUGGGCACCUGUAAUCAAUUCUUUAUUGUUAUCGGUAUUCUUUUAUCAUCAAUUAUCGGCUUACCCUUGGCUACUGUACCACUUUGGCGUAUUAAUUUUGCUAUUGUCUGUAUUCCUGCUAUUGCUCAAUUCUUUUUAAUGAGUACAUGUGUUGAAACUCCUCGCUAUCUUGUCUCUGUGAAUCGAAUUGAAGAUGCUAGACACUCACUACAAAAGUUAAGAGGUGACUGUGACGUUGAACAUGAAUUCUAUGAUAUGGUAGAGGGACACUUUGGUACUGCUGCUGCUCAAUCUUUAACUCCCACUGCUGAAACGGUUAAAGUUCAUACUGUAAGUGAUGAAAGUACCUUUGAUAAUGCAGCUGAGGAUGAUGCUAUAAUGGCCCCAAUCUCACAACGUGAUACAAUGAACAUCAUUCAAAUCUUUGUUGAUCCUGUCAUCCGUCGUAUUUCGUUUACUGUUAUUCUUUUACAUGCCUUUCAGCAACUUGUUGGUAUCAAUGCCGUGAUGUAUUACUCUGCUGCUAUUUUCACCCUUGCCUUUGAUGCUAAUAUGUCCAAGUAUAUGGCCAUCGUUACUACAGUCGUCAACUUUGUUAUGACAAUUGUGGCUGUCAUCUUAAUUGACCGCAUGGGUCGUCGUCCUUUGCUUCUUAUUGGUGAUUUUGGUGCUUGUCUCUUUUCAAUCCUCUUAGUCAUUGGCUAUGUCUAUACCAUCCCCGCACUUUUAGUUGUCUCUGUCUUUUUGUAUGUAGCCUCCUUUGCUAUCGGUAUUGGUCCCAUCCCUUGGUUAUUAACCUCUGAGCUUACUCCUACCUAUGCUUCUUCCUCAGUUGGCUCUGUGGCUACUUGUGUGAACUGGGCUAUGAAUUUCUUGAUAGGUCAAUGCUUCCCUGUCAUCUUUGCACGUAUAGCAGGGUACUCAUUUGCCAUCUUUGCUGUCUUUGCUAUCCUAGCUUUUACAUUUACCUUGAUAUUUUUACCCGAAACCAAAGGUAGAUCACUUGAGUCUAUUGUCCAAGGCUUUGAAAGACAUCAUCGAAGAUAACUUUUUUUUUUUUCAAGUACUUUUAAGUGCUUCUCUUUUCAUUUUAUUACAAUUAUCUUUUAUUUUUUAUUAUUAUUAUUAUUAAUAAAU